GAAAUGACGCGAUGUCCUUAGUUUCAAGUGAAUGCGCUUGCGCAGUAGGAGGGUUACCAUAAUGGCGGCGUCAGUGCAGCAGCAUUAUGAGCCUAUUUUCAGCUAUUAAAACAAGUCCGAAGAUAAAUACAGGAAUGAGAACAUGCAUAGCGCCAAGAAAAUAACCAAGGAAGACACAUGGAGACCUGCUGACCUAAAAAGAUACAUCAGGGUGGAAGAACAUGAUGAUUAUGUUAGGAGGCAAGAUGUCAAUGAGAGGCGACACCGUGGGGGGGAAUCCAAAGAAAGAGGACGCAGGGACUUAGAGAAGGAGUUCAGAGGAGAGAGAGAUAAGCAUGAGGAAAAAGAGAGUGCUAGGGACAGACGCUAUGAAGACAAGAAAGACAAAUAUGUGGACAAAAGAAAAGAGGCCUCACGGGACAGGAGAGGAGAUAAAGAACAGGAUGGAAGAGACAGGGAGAGGAGAAGAGAUAGAGAAAGAACAGUGGAUAUAAACAAGUACAGUGGUGACUAUAGAGAGAUUAGAGACAGCAGGAGGGAUAGAGAGGAAAAGCAUGGUAGGGAGAGAGACAAGGAAAGAGAAGGAGAUGAGGAAAAAGAGAGAGUAAGGAAUAGAGAGAGAUAUAGCGAGGGGGACAGGGACAAAAGAAGGGAAGAAAGAGACAAAGAAAGGCGAAAAGAAAGAGACAGAGAGCACAGGACGGAGAGAAGACAACACGAGGAAAGUGGGGAAUUAGGAAUAGAAAGGACAGAAAAAUAUGAUAGGGAACAGAGAGAUGGACACCGAGAAAGAGACAGACACAAAGACAGGAAAGAAGAGAAGACAAAUGAGAAAGAAAGACAUGAAAGACACAGAGACAGAGAAUACAAAGAAGAACAUAGAAGACAUAAAGAGGAAAGAGAAAAGAGACACAAAGAGAGAAGACAUCAUGAAGAAAAGCAGAAGCAUGAUAGCGAAUCCAGGGAGCAAAGAGACUCAAAGGGACCAGUGAAAGAGGUCAGGCACCAUCGUAGCGACAGAGAACGAGCAGAGAGGGACAAACACAAAGAAAGAAGACACAGAGAGCAAGAAGACCCUGAGAGAAAACAAAGAGAGAGAAGGCAAAGACUGGAGGAGCAGGAGCCAGAUAUAAAUCCCUGGGACAGGACCAGCUCAAAGAAAACAACGUACAUGCAUGAGACUAAUGCAGUAGAAACAGAGGUUGCUGUUGAGGAAGAUCUGGGUGAGCAGGAAUAUGAGGAUGACUUUGAGGAUUAUGAAGAGGAUUUUGAAGAGAUCGAUGAGAGUGAAAAUGAGCGUGGGAAUGAGAAGGAAACUGAGCUCUCACAAGUAGAAGAGAGUGAAGAACUCACACCACAAAGGAGAAAAGAGGUUGAGGCAAUUCAGAGAGCAAUGGAGGUAGAGAAUGAGAGAGUUGGGACAGCACAGUCCACUCAGAGCACGAUCAGAGAAGAAGACGACGGGUUUGAAAGGUCCAAAGCACCUGAAAAGGAGCAGAGUACAGGCUCUCAGCGUGGGAAGUUUAUUGACUUUGUGGCAGCAAAACAGCGUGAAGUCAGCAAGAAAGUUGCCAUGAAACAGAAGAAACGUAGUACAGACCUACUCCGCCUAAUUGAUCUGGAUUUCUCCUUGACGUUCUCUCUUUUGGAUCUGCCCCCGGUUAAUGAAUAUGACAUGUAUAUUAGAAACUUUGGAAGUGCAAACACUAAGCAGGCUUAUGUUCAGUGUAAUGAGGAUAACGCAGACUGUGACAUCCAGACAGAAGAGAUAGAGAUGUGUGAAAAGUGGACGCAGCAUCCUCCGGAGCGCAGUGGAGUGUGUGGUGAUCCAAAUCUCUCUCCUGAAACACGAGACAAAGUCUUAAGUGAACUGAACUUGGAUUCACAGCGACUGACAGCAUUUCUCAGCUCAGCUUCACAGGUCAUGGUUGUUUUGUUGGAAGAGGACCAAGCUGAGAGAAGAUCCCUGCGGAAGCUGGGGACUCAAACAGAAAAGCUGUCCUUCAGCGAAGGAAGUUUACAGCUCAACACAAAGUUGCCUUUUCUUUCCGGUCGGAACAUCCAUCUGGUGCACUUCUCUCAGGUCCAAAGGCACACCAUGAUGUCGGUGCACGCGCCUACAACACAGCCCAGCGCUGUGCAUCUUGACAGCUGCACUAUUAUCUGCAUCUGGAAUAUUUGGGAGCCAUCCAGACCUCAGAAGAUCCUUGUCUAUGAGUCUGAGAUCCAGUGUUGCUGUUUCAGCACUGGAAAGGCCAUAUUGGUGUUUGCAGGCACUUCGGUUGGCUCUGUGGUGCUGUGGGACCUGAGGGAGCAUGCCAGUAACCACUACCGCAGAAAAAUAGGAGAGGAUGAGUGGACCUUCAGAGAACCGACCUUCUCCACUGAUGCAGUAAUGGCCGACUCAGGCCAUUUUUCUGCUGUGACCUCUGUGGAAGUUGUUUUCUCUAGUGCAGCAGGGGGGUUGAGGCCAGAGGUCCCACUAGCAGCAUCUGAGGAAGAGUUGUCAGGAUUGUCAUUCCAGCUGGCUUCCCUGGAUGAAAACGGGGUCCUAAACUUCUGGGUGGUGGUGGAUCUCCCAAAAGCCAAUGAAGCAGGCUCUCCAACAGAUCUGGGACUCCGGCCCGGGAGCAAAGUGAAGCUGCUUCACAGCUCUUCCCUUCUUACUGUUGAUAGGGGAUCACCUCGAGAUCCAACAAAAAUAGGACCGUUACAGACUGUUCAUUUAAAGUUCCUUCCAACUGACUCCAAUCAUUUCUUUAUUGGCACCAAUAUGGGUCUGGUGAAUCACGGAACGAGUCAUGGUUUGAAGGCUCCUCCAAAGUUUUACAGGUUUCAGGACCCUGGAACGCGGCCUGUUGACAUCACCGCAAUCCAGUUUUCUCCUUUCAAUCACAACAUGUUCUUGGUGGGCUGUGGGGAUGGCAGCGUCAGACUGCAUGGAGUCAGCUACGAGCAGCCUGUGACAGAGUGGAAGAGUAGCACAGCAGCGGAGCCAGUUCUGUUACUGCAGUGGGCCCAGACUAGGCCAACAGUCUUCUGUGUGCUGGAUGCAGCUUCUACCCUUCAUAUAUGGGACCUACUGAAGGAUGAGACUGAACCUGUGGUCACUGAGAGGAUAGCUGCAGAUAGAGUAACAGCCAUGGCUACGUUUGGAGAUUCUGGACAAAAAAACAUUUAUUCAGGUGUAGCCCUUGCACACGAAUCAGGAAAAUUAGAGCUGCAUUACUUCACCAGAGGUUUCACUGUGCCCUUUGUUGCAGAAGGUGAGAAGUUAGAGAUUAUGAUGACUGAAGCCCUGUAAUACAACUCAUCUUGUGUUGUUACACUUUGGAAGAGCAUGAAGAUCAAUGUACAGUCCUAUCACAGCCUCUUUGAAUAUGUGUUUCAUAAUUACAUUUCAAGUGUUAGGUUUCUAUCCUUGAUAUUUGUAUAUCUAUAAGGAGAAGGUGACUAAAUACCAAAGAUACUAAACAGGGACCACAACUAAUUCACCUUCAAACAUCUAAGACGCUAAAGCUGUAAUGAUAAUGUAAAUAUUUGUACUUUUUGACUGAGAUUAAAGAUUUUAAAUUUUUCUAUAAUAAAUUAAAAUGUAUGUAA